CUGGAGCUUCUGUGCCUUGCUUCUUCUCCAUAGGCUUUACUAGGUGUUUGAGCAAAGUAGGCAUUUCGUGAGAUAUGGAAGACAUAGAGGAUCUGUUAAUUGGAAGCGGGGACGGAUCUCCGCCGGGUUUUCGCUUGCCGGUAACCUCCGUUGGAAUGAACCCAAAGAAGAAUAGGAACAAGGGUAAUCUAAGUCACAAGCUUUCUCAAAUCCAUGACUCCACUUCUGCUAGCUCGUUGUCCCCAAAAAUCCCCGGCACUCAGACCAUAUUUAUAAAGACCUUCGGAUGCUCCCAUAACCAGAGUGAUAGUGAAUAUAUGGCUGGUCAGCUUUUAGCAUUUGGCUAUACCUUGAGCGAUAAUCCUGAAGAAGCAGACCUAUGGCUGAUAAAUACGUGCACCGUGAAAUCUCCGAGUCAAUCUGCUAUGGAUACCAUAAUAGCAAAAGGGAAAAGUUCAAAUAAACCUCUAGUGGUAGCUGGUUGUGUUCCACAAGGAAGCCGGGGUUUGAAAGAGCUUGAAGGGAUCAGCAUAGUUGGUGUCCAGCAAAUUGAUCGUGUGGUUGAAGUUGUGGAGGAAACUCUAAAGGGUCAUGAGGUGAGGCUUUUGACCCGUAAGACACUGCCAGCACUUGACCUUCCAAAGGUGAGGAAGAACAAAUUUGUUGAGAUUCUUCCUAUUAAUGUUGGUUGUUUAGGUGCUUGCACUUACUGCAAGACAAAACAUGCUCGAGGUCACCUGGGGAGUUACUCAAUUGAUGGCCUUGUAGGGCGAGUAAAAUCUGUCAUAGCUGAUGGAGUCAGAGAAAUAUGGCUGAGCAGUGAAGAUACUGGAGCAUAUGGCCGUGACAUUGGUGUCAAUCUUCCCACUUUGUUAAAUGCCCUUGUAAAAGAACUUCCACCUGAUGCGAGCACAAUGCUUCGCAUUGGAAUGACCAACCCACCUUUUAUCCUUGAGCACUUAAAAGACAUUGCAGAAGUUUUGAGGCAUCCGUGUGUAUACUCUUUUCUGCAUGUACCAGUUCAGUCUGGAAGUGAUACUAUCUUGACUGCAAUGAAUCGAGAAUAUACUGUGAGUGAGUUCAGGACUGUUGUGGACACAUUGACUGAGCUUGUGCCAGGGAUGCAGAUUGCCACUGAUAUAAUAUGUGGAUUUCCUGGUGAAACUGACGAAGAUUUUGCUCAAACUGUUAGCCUAAUUGAGGAGUACAAAUUCCCUCAAGUCCAUAUUUCACAAUUUUAUCCCCGACCAGGGACCCCUGCUGCAAGGAUGAAAAAAGUUCCAAGUAAUGUGGUGAAGAAAAGAAGUCGUGAACUGACAAAUGUUUUCGAAGCCUUCACACCAUAUAAUGGAAUGGAGGGCAAAGUUGAAAGAAUUUGGAUUACAGAUGUUGCAGCCGAUGGAAUUCACUUGGUUGGUCAUACCAAAGGAUAUAUACAAGUUCUUGUAGCUGCCCCAGAUUCCUUGUUGGGAACUUCAGCUAUGGUUAAGAUAACGUCUGUUGGGAGGUGGUCUGUUUUUGGGCAAGUUAUUGAGACACUCAACCACACAAAUGAUAUUACAGCUUCAAGAAAGAAAACAUCUCAUUACGAUGAGUCUUCUCUCUGCAAUAACUCAUCCGAGAGUGGUGCCUGCUUUGAGAAGAUGGAAUCUUGUGCAUGUGGAAAUGACAUCUGCUGUAGUCAAAGUGCUUACAAGGAGAAUGAUGUUUCAAGAGACACCAUGUUGCCACAGAAACAUAUGCGCCAAAGUUUAAUUGGAUGGAUACUGCAGAAGCAGAAGCAUCUGCAUGACAGAAAGGUAAAUAGUGAACUUACCUCACGAUCAAUUGAAAAGCAAGGGACCCGUGAGAUCACAAGAGAGUGGGAUUUUGUUGAUAAGGCUCUUUUGGGUGGAAUAUUUGUCAGCCUCUUGCCUAUCAUUGCUCUCGUAGUAGCUCGAGUUAUUUGGUCUUGGUAAAAAGUUAUUAAAUUUUAACUCCCCCGUAUAUUUUUUUGAAUGGGUUUAGCUUCCCAGGUGAUCGAAAAUUUUGACAUUCACAAAUUUCUGCUAGAUUUUCAUUUUAGUCUUCAUAUACAAGUUCUUAUGUGAAUUGUCGCUGCCGGCGAUGCUUGGCAUAUUUACGGGAACUAGUUGUAUGUUAUGAUUAACGUAGAAUAUGGAUCAAUGAGCUAAAAUGUUGAAACUUUAUAUUCA